AUGUCAUCUGCAUACAUUUCACGUGGUAGUGGUAAGGCCAUAGAUACAGUUCAAAAGAAUAAGAAAUCAACACUAAGAGACGAACAGAAACAGGAAAUUCGCGAAGCUUUUGACCUGUUUGACACAAACGGCAAUGGCACGAUCGAUGUGAAGGAAUUAAAAGUAGCCAUGCGUGCACUUGGCUUAGAACCUCAAAAGAAAGAGAUUCAAACGUUGAUUACUGAGCUUCAACGAGACGGUAGAAAUACCAUUGAAUUUAAUGAAUUUGUUGACUUGAUGACGCCCAAAUUACGUGAAAUGGACUCACGUAAAGAAAUUCUCAAAGCUUUUCAUCUCUUUGAUGACGAUGAGACGGGCAAAAUUUCGUUUUCGAAUUUAAAACGUGUGGCGAAGGAACUUGGUGAGAAUAUGACAGAUGAGGAAUUACAAGAGAUGAUUGAGGAAGCAGACCGUGAUGGAGAUGGAGAGAUUAAUGAAGAUGAGUUUCUACGGAUUAUGAAAAAGACCAGUUUAUACGAAAGAGCUGUUUAG